AUGGCCGCAGGGCCGCUGCGGCUCUUUGUGCGCGAUGCGCGGGGGCAGGAGCCAGUGCCACGACUUGUGGCAGCUCUGCCCCGCGGUGGUUUGUCAGUGGGCAGGCUCGCGGAGCGGCUACGGUCGCUUUUGGGCGAGCAGGUAUGGGCGCAAGGUCCUGUGGAACUUCGACAGCCCCCCCUUUGCCGGCGCAGCGACGCAAGUCUGGGUAUGAAUGUGUUCCAGGGAUCCCUCCAGUUGGCCCUCGACGGGGAGCCGCUGCAUUCGGCAGCCCUAGCACGCUCCGUGCUCCACGACGGGGCCGUAGUUGACGUUGUUGCAGACUCCGUCCACGGGGCCUUGCACAGUGAGGAGGCCGUGGAGCCGGCGCAAUCCUCGGCGCCUGCUGAGAGGCCGCCCAAGGCUGCGGCGAGCGCCCCAGCACGCCGGGCGCGCCUCGAUUUCCUGACGCCCGCAUUGCGGCAGCAGCUCUUUGAGCCACCACCACCACGACCGCCUCCGGCCGCCGAGGCGAAGGCCCCAGAAUUGCUGGAGCCAAGCCGGUUGGAGGAGGAGCCCCGUGAAAAGGUUGGCCUCCGCCUUGUCCCAGACCGCGCGCCCGCGGAGCUUCGCUGGCGCCCGGCCGUGGUGGACGAAGUGCGAAGGAGCUUCGCCGCACACCUUCCCCAGGCCUUGGGCCCAAAAGAUGCGGAUCGCUUCCUCGCUGCAGCGGUGCGCGAGGUGGACUGGCAGCAGCCGGAAGGCCGAUGGGGCCCCAUUCCCCGCAAGACCGCUUGGCUCACGGCUGGUGGCUGCCGCUGCCGUUAUGGCUAUGGUGGCUUGAGGAUAGGGUCCGAGCCCUUCCCGGCAUGGCUCAAGGAGGUCACAGCUCUCUGCAUGCCCCUCUGCGGCCUCCCCGACGAGAAGGACUGGCCCGACAGCUGCAACUUGAACCUCUAUGAGGAUGGCGACCACUCGGUCGGCUGGCACGCUGAUGACGAGUUCCUCUUCCAAGGCAAGUUUACCGACUGCCUCAUCAUCUCCCUGUCCUUGGGCGCGACCCGGUGGUUCGAGCUCAAGACUGCCGCGGAGCCCUUCGAGAUGCACCGUCUGCUGCUGCGGUCAGGCGACCUCUGCACCAUGGAGGGCCUGAUGCAGAAGCACUACCUCCACCGCGUACCCAAGGAGCGCCACUACUGCGAGCCGCGCGUCAACUUGACCUGGCGCUGGAUCGCCAGCCACGAGCCGCGCUGCGGCCUGCAGCCCACGGUGGACAUGAGGAAGCGGCACCCGGCCGGUGACGCGGGAGAUCAAGGCCCUCGUGCGAAGCGGCCAAAGACUGAGGCGCCGCAAGCCGCGGCGCCCCGCCGCAAACGCCCCUCACGGCCUGUGGAGAUGGAACGGGACAAGGUCCUGGCCAUGCCCGCGGAGGUGCGGGCAAGGUGGCUCGCCGACGCCAUGAAAGCUGUGGCGGCGAGCGAGCUGGAUCCUUCCAGCGUUUUCCCCCUUGCUGCGGAUCCCGAGUUCGCUGCGGGGGUGAAUGAAGCCCUCGGUGCCCGUAUGUUCCGCGUGCUGCGCGGCAACUCGCGGCUUUUUUCUGAGGAGCAGGCGCGCGUGCUGCAGGAAGAAUGUGCAGUUGCCCAGCGUUUCGCAAGCGCAGCGCAAACGACGGGGACGAAGACUGAGGGAGGGAGUGACUCCAUCCCUGGGACUGCAGAGGCUUCGCAAAGAACCCAGGAAGACCAGAUGAACCUUCGACUGAAGGAGUUGGAAGACAUGAAGGACUCGGGAGAACAGCAGCGGCGCUGCGCUUUGUUCGCCAACCUGGUCGGUCCCUUGUUGCCCAUUGUGGCCCGAGCACUUCAUCCAGACGGCAUCGACUUCCUGGAGGAGGGUCUGGAGAUGCUGACGUAUCUCACAUCCUUCUGCAGCACGCCCAUCCCCACAGCGCUGUGGGGUCCGUUUCCGCGGCUGUACCAAGCCGUCUGUGGCAAGUCCACGGCCUCGCUGCAGCUGCCAGAGGUCUUAGAGGGUGGCUGGGCGCCUGACUUCAUGACCAACAUCCUCGAGCCGAUGUUGAACUACGUCGCUCGAGGCCCCGUGGAGGUGAUCUUCUCGGGCACUUGGUCCGAGGGUAACAUGACCUACGCCGACAUGGUUUUCAACAUGGUCAAGAAGGUCUUGCAUAUGCCGGGCGUCGGCUCCGAGAAGGAUGCCGCGGCUGCCACAGAGUUGGCCACAGCCCUCUUUGCGCACGCAGCGCCUCCAGUUGCGGACGCCUGGCUCCCGGCUUAUUUCGCCGAGUUCUGGAAGCGCGUGUCCGAAGUGGAGACCCGCGACCUCCGGCAAGCGCUGCUCGUCGCUUUUGCGACGCAGAUGUGGUACAACACCGAACUCUUCCUGCGCUGCACAGAGCAGUCGGGAGUCACUGCCCAGCUUUUCGAGGUCUGGAUGAACAAGAUUGGCUCCCUCAAGCGCCUCAGGCACCGCAAGGUUGCCCUGCUGGGCUUGGUGCAGCUCCUGCGUAUGGGCUGCGCGCAGGCGCUGCCGGCCAACCUCGCCCAGGGACUGCCCCACCUUGUCUGCACGCUGGCAGUCCAGAGCAAGGAGACCCUCCGACUCAGACACAAGGCAGCGAGCCGACCGGACGAGGAAGAGGACACGGACAGCGAGGAUGGCACAGCGGAUCAAGGCCAAGUGGAUCAGGUGCUGCGCAAGUUGCAAAUGGCGUCUGAGAAUGAUGACGACAAUGAGGAUAAUGACUCCGAGGCCCUCAGCGACGAGGGUUUCGAUGGCAUGGUGCACGCAGCGGGCGGCAAGCUCGUGGAUCUGAACGCCCAGCGGCUGAGCCGUCUGGACAGGAUCGACGAGCUUGCAGCUCUGCGCGAGGUGCUGCAGCAGGCAUCACCGGACAUGCAACGGCAGUUUGAGGCAUGGGUGGGAGGCAGCCUCCACGAAUGGAUUGCCACCCUGACCACUGAAACCGCCCGGAGCAAGUGA